AUGAAUGCCAUUGGCACUGCAAAUACUGCUUUUCCCAAAGUAGUAAGAGGAAAAAUUCCCAUAUCGCAGCAAAUUCAGAAGCUCGGGCUUGCAAGGAUUGGGAAGAUGAGAACACCCAUUUGCAUGCUUAUGCUUCUGGUUCUCUCUCACAUCGUGCGUGGUAGCAGAAGAGAGAGAGAGCAGCAGAUGAAAAAGACCUACAUCAUUCUUAUGGACAAGUCCAAAAUGCCUGCAAGUUUUGGCGACGACCAUUUCCAAUGGCUAACUGCUGCGGACGCUGAGCUGCUUGAACAACAAUUUGGAAUUGUUUCUGUUAUGCCUGAGUUGAUAUAUGAGCUCCACACAACUCGGACGCCCCAGUUCCUCGGAAUGUUAAGCAAAAAUGAAGCUGUCUUCCCGGCAUCAGAGAAACUCAGCAAGGUGGUUAUUGGAGUGGUAGACAGCAGCGCAUGGCCGAGAUCAAAAGCUACGAUGACAAAAGACUUGGGCCAGUGCCAAGAAGCUGGAGAGGGCAGUGUGAGGAAGGAAAGAACUUCAACUCCUCAAGCUGCAACUGAAAACUCAUUGGUGCGAGCCGGGUCUGCAGUUCCAGGAGGUAGCCUCUAUGGUUAUGGUUCAGGGACAGCAAGGGGAAUGGCUACACAAGCUAGAGUGGCCACAUAUAAGGUUUGCUGGUCUGGUUGGUGCUUUAGCUCUGAUAUUCUAGCCACAAUGGACAAAGCUGUUGAAGAUGGUGUCCACAUGUUAUCUGUGUCUAUUGGGAGAUCGCAGUAUGAGGGUUUCUACACGGACAUUAUUGCUAUUGGAGCUUUCUCUGCCAUGGCCAAAAGCUACUGCGAUUUCCCAGCUUAUGUUAACUUGGGAAAUGGGAAAAAAAAUACAGAGGAGCAUCCAUUUACAGCGGAACACCCUUAUCUAGUGGAUUGCAUCCGCUUGUUUAUGCUCGAAAUGCAAGGAGGAACUUACAGCAGGGCUGAUAAGAGUAUGGUGGUCAAAAAGGCCGGUGGCAUGGGGAUGAUUUUGGCUGACAUUGAAGGUUAUGGAGAAGAACUUGUUGUCGACUCAUAUGUAGUAGUGGUUGGCCAAAACGCAGAGUUGGGUGUCGAACCCUCACCGGUGGUGGCAACAUUCAGCUCUCGAGGACCAAAUCCAGUCGCUGGAACAGUACUCAAACCAGACCUAAUAGCACCAGGAGUGAAUAUCCUAGCUGGGUGGACUGGUGCACUUGGACCAGCUAGACGAGCUGAGGACACCAGGAGGGUGAGCUUCAACAUAUUUUCAGGUACAUCCAUGUCAUGCCAGCAUGUGAGUGGACUGGCAGCACUUCUCAAGGCGGCUCACCCAAAAUGGAGCCCUGCAGCCAUUACGUCUGCUCUCAUGACCACAUCCUAUGCAGCAUACAAAAAUGGUGCACCAAUCAAAGAUGUUGCUACUGGAAAACCUGCAACACCAUUUGAUUAUGCUUCCUCUGUGCCUAUCAUUAUACAACAAGAGAUAUCAAGAUACUCACCCACAUAG